AUGAGUUCAUUUGCAAGACCUCUUCGACUCUUGUUGUUGGGAGCCCCAGGCAGUGGGAAAGGUACUCAGACAUCCAAAUUGUUGAAGAAAUAUUCUGACGUCUUAGCUAUAAGUUCUGGUGAUUUAUUACGUCAAGAAAUCGCACGUAAGUCUACAUUGGGACAGUUAAGCUCCAAGUAUAUUGCAGAGGGUAAGCUAAUACCUGAUGAACAUAUUACCAAAUUAAUCUCCAACUAUUUGGCCGCUGAAUUGACUCCUACGUCUUCAUAUUUAUUGGAUGGAUUUCCACGUACCAUUAACCAAGGACGUACUUUACAUGAAAGUUUGAAGCAAGGCCCCAAUUUGAACUUGGUGGUCGAGUUAGAUGUGGAUCAAAAUGUCAUCUUAGAUAGAAUAGAAAAGAGAUGGGUUCAUACAGGUAGUGGUAGAGUCUAUAAUUUGGACUACAAUCCUCCCAAAGUCCCUUUCACAGAUGAUGUUACUGGUGAACCAUUAAGCAAGCGUGUGGAUGAUACAAGAGAAGUCUUCUCAAAGAGAUUGGAGAGUUAUAACGCAGAAUUGGGUCCAUUGAAGGACUUUUAUAAUGAUUUGGGCAUUUUGGAAACUAUUUCGGGUGAUUCUUCUGAUAUUAUAUUUCCAAAGCUUGCAAAGUUUAUUGAGGACAAUUAUGUUAGCUGA